AUGGCUGCUGAUACGGAGACGUCCAGACGCAGCAAUGAGGUUGACCGGGAGAGUAUCCUUCACCCGUCACACAUCAAUUACCAAAAUUUCCACGAUAAUAAUACGGAAAUUGACCCUGCUAUGGCAGCCGGGAAGUUCCUGUUCCACCUGUAUAGAAGACGACCAAUCCUAACCAUAAUAGUAUUGGAAGAAGGUGACAUUGUCUCCGGGAUUCGAAAGUACGAGGUUUCAGCGUGGGCCAACAUAUGGGCAAGUAUUCGAGCACCUGGAAAAUUGAUGCCACGGCUCUUCAUGGAAGGCCACACCAUCAGUGUCGAAAAUGGCGCGGAAAGAGUAUGCGGGGAGUUGAGGGCCAUGUCUGAGAUUUACAAUACAAUGCCUGCCAUCGGACCAAAGCCGCGCGGUUAUGGAGAAUGCCACAAUAAUAGGGGCACCCACUUCCUUGUAUGCGACUUUCUAGACGUCACCCAUGGCCUACCAAAUCCCGAACGACUCAGUAGGACACUGGCAGAGUUACACCAUAAGAGCCUCUCUCCCAAUGGGCAGUUUGGAUUUUAUUGUACAACAUUCGAUGGAGAGCAGCCAUUGACCACUUCCUGGGACAGCAGCUAG